UUGAUGGUGUCAUGACCAUCCAUUCCCCGGGUUUUCUGCGCUAAUCUCAUCUCUUUCAUCACACUUGGAGGCUUUAGGCUCUUCCCUUCCCUCAGAGCUGCUGCUCAUCGCUUGCCACCCAGGUCCUUUGCCUGGUAUGCUGUUGAUCUGACCCCUGCAUUCCGAUCACGAGUUUUGUUGUGUCGGAAUUCGGUCACAAUGAGCUAGUGUGUUGUUUGAUUGUGGCCUCAGCUGGAGAGGCUUUGGUAUCGUUAGCAGCGAGUGACGCUGUUGAAGGAUUGUAUCCAUCCACAAGCGAGAAGCCUUGCCUAAUUUUUGGGAGGGAAAGGUGGUUCUCACAUGAGAGGAGCAGUUGUCGAUGCCCCAAUGAAGGGUGACAGGAGAGCAUGCAUUUUGGGAGGAAUGGGAAGACCUAAUGGUGGAACCAUCUUGUACGUGUUGGUGAUUUCAUUCAUUGCUUUGGUGAAUGGAGCCACCGAUCCGAACGAUGUGUCUGCUUUGAAUACUAUGUUCACUGGCUUCAACAGCGAUCCUAAGCUCACGAACUGGGUGCAAAACGCGGGUGAUCCCUGCGGAACCAACUGGCUGGGCGUUACUUGUGAUGGGACCUUCGUCACCUCAAUCAAGCUAUCCAACAUGGGACUGAAUGGGAAGGUGGAGGGAUGGGUGUUGCAGAAGUUUCAACACCUCUCUGUGCUUGACCUUAGCCAUAAUAAUCUUGCUAGCGGAAUUCCUGAGAUGUUUCCUCCCAAGUUGACUGAACUAGAUUUGUCUUACAACCAGCUCACGGGUAGUUUUCCUUAUUUGAUAAUCAACAUCCCUACUUUGACAAGCAUAAAACUGAAUAACAACAAGCUGAGUGGAACGCUCGAUGGGCAGGUUUUCAGUAAACUCACAAACUUAAUCACCCUCGAUAUUUCCAACAACGCAAUUACAGGGCCGAUUCCCGAGGGCAUGGGUGACAUGGUCAGCCUAAGAUUUUUGAACAUGCAAAAUAAUAAGCUGACUGGACCAAUCCCAGACACAUUGGCUAAUAUUCCAUCUCUAGAAACAUUGGACGUAUCUAACAACGCGCUUACUGGCUUUCUCCCACCAAACCUGAACCCAAAGAAUUUCAGAUAUGGAGGCAAUCCACUCAACACCCAAGCCCCUCCUCCACCACCGUUUACACCACCGCCACCUUCAAAGAAUCCAAAGCCUAUUCCUCCUCCACCCCACCCUGGUAGCCGAACACCAGAUACUGCUCCUAAGGCUGAAGGCGGCAUCGUAUCAGGCGCAGCAAUUGCUGGGAUUGUCGUGGGAGCAAUUUUGGUGCUUGCAGCAAUUUUCAUAGCUGUAUGGUUCUUUGUCGUCCGUAAAAGAUCUGAGCUUACCAAACCUUUGGAUUUAGAGGCUAAUCACAGCAGCCGACGCACUUGGUUUCUGCCACUUAUUCCAGCUGGUAAAGAAAAACCACCUAAAAUGAAAGUGUUUGAAGCAGAUACAUUUGAGAAGGAAGUGGAAGAACCGAAGAUCAAGGCCUUACCUCCAUUGAAGUCACUUAAAGUACCUCCAGCUUUGAAGGUUGAGGAAGCUACCUACAAGGUUGAAAGUGAAGGGAAGGUGAACAAGAGCAACAUUACAGCAAGAGAGUUUUCCGUCGCAGAACUUCAGGCGGCUACGGACAGUUUCUCAGAGGAUAAUUUACUUGGCGAAGGUUCGCUUGGUUGUGUUUACCGCGCGGAGUUCCCCGACGGUGAGGUUCUAGCUGUCAAGAAACUUGAUACAACAGCCUCCAUGGUUCGGAAUGAAGAUGAUUUCUUGAGCGUUGUCGAUGGCUUGGCCCGGCUACAACAUACCAAUUCUAAUGAACUCGUAGGCUACUGUGCCGAGCAUGGGCAACGACUUCUGGUCUACAAGUUCAUCAGUCGAGGGACACUCCAUGAACUGCUUCAUGGCUCAGCCGAUAGCCCCAAGGAGUUGUCAUGGAAUGUCCGUGUGAAGAUUGCACUUGGUUGUGCGCGGGCUCUUGAGUAUUUCCAUGAAAUCGUUUCGCAGCCGGUUGUGCACCGCAACUUUAGAUCCUCAAACAUUCUUUUGGAUGAUGAGCUGAACCCACAUGUGUCGGAUUGUGGUUUGGCUGCUUUUACCCCAUCCAGUGCUGAACGGCAGGUCUCUGCCCAAGUGUUGGGAUCUUUUGGAUACAGUCCCCCUGAAUUCAGCACAUCUGGAAUGUAUGAUGUGAAAAGCGACGUUUAUAGCUUUGGUGUUGUGAUGCUUGAGCUUAUGACAGGACGCAAGCCUUUAGACAGCUCAAGACCAAGAUCCGAGCAAAACCUGGUGCGAUGGGCAACACCACAACUGCAUGAUAUUGAUGCACUCGCAAGAAUGGUGGAUCCAGCGUUAGAGGGUGCUUACCCUGCCAAGUCCCUCUCCCGGUUUGCCGACAUCGUUGCCUUGUGUGUCCAGCCCGAACCCGAAUUCCGACCUCCUAUAUCUGAAGUAGUGCAGUCCCUGGUAAGGCUUAUGCAGCGUGCAGCUUUAAGUAAACGCCGGCAUGAGUACAACGCAGGCGUUCCUCAGACUGAUAUGGAGGACCCUAGUGAUUACUUGUGACAGAAGUAAGUAUCCUGGUCGAUACUUCCCAAUUUCAAGCAUAGAGAACCUCCCGCGCGUCUACUCCCACUUGAUUUUCAAAGCUGGCGAAAAGUGGCCAAAUUUGUGGAUUUGUGACACCUUGCAACUAAAUCGGGGAAAUAUUCAGCUUCUUUGCAAUUCCAGACCAUGAUGGCACAGACUUUGGCUUGCAUCCUCCUCAUUAUUACUGAAGCUUUUGCUUCUAAUGGCGGAUUACUGAUUAUGGAUGACUAUCCCGUUUCCAGGCAGACGUGAAGAGAAGUGUUGGCUUCCGAAGUUGUUAAAUUGUAUCGACGGCUGAAAGCUUUUUUAAGAGCUUACUUCUGGGUCCUAGUUAGUGAUAUUAAGGUCCCUGUGCCUUAAGAGUAAUGUGCAAUUCCUGUUGUGUUGCAAACUCGGGUAACGCUUUGUCUUGUAGUUUUGGCACAUUACAAGGUUAGUUCGACAGUGAACUCACAAUUUGAACAGAUUAGUUAGGGAGUGUAACUCUAGCAAAAGUUGAUUCCUUGUGGUUACCCAAUUUUUUGAAUGUGAACUCCCACUCAUUGGUGUGAUGGGAGUACAUGAUUCGCACCCAUUAAUUGUAAAAUGGUCAGUCCAACAUAAGCAGGACAUCUGAUUUCGUUCU